UGUCAAGGCCAAAGUAUGGUCCAUUUUUACUCGUACGUGAGGGUCCGCGUACGGUGCGCGUGACACAAUUUUCGUCAUCAGAACCGGCAGAUUUUUUAAACAUUGUACGCAUAGUAUGUAGCACAUGCAUCAAACGUCUGCGUACACAUUCGAGUCAAAUAAACUGCUUUGCAUUUGACUGUGCGUUCAUUCAUGAACACAAAAAAAAGAGUAUACUUUGGUAUACUUCACACCAUCUUACAUUUAGUUUUGUCUACUCACAGUUGGAGGUUAGUGACUCCAGCUCCAGCAGUAACCUGUCGUUGGCUAAAGCCAGACCCAACAGCGAGCACAAUAACGGCCAAUCACCGGCUCAUAUCAAAGUCCAAAGGAAUAUCUCCUCCAGUCAGAAGCAACGUCGUUACAGUGACCAAGCUGGUCCGGCUAUUCCCUCAGUUGGAUAUCCCAAGAGGAGUCAAACCACGUCUUCUGAAAAUGACCAUAAAGAGGAGGGCAGCGCUCCGGCACGCAAGUCCAGCUCGUCUGGGAGCCGUGGCAUGGGCCCUCCGAGUCCCAUACUUGGCAAUGCCAACAAUCCAAACAAGGCCGACAUUCCUGGCGGGAAAAAGGGCUCUGGUGUACCUGGGAGCAAUUCUGUGUCCAGCGGUAUGACCAGGAGAAACACGUACGUGUGCAGUGAUAGAAACGCAGCGGACAAACAUUCGGUCAUCCAGAAUGGCAAAGAGAACAGGUGAAAAAUCCCUAUGUUUUACCAUCUAUUUCCAAGAAAAUGACUUUUAAACAACACAUAAACAGAUAUUCUGACAAAAACUACCAUGCAAACUCAUCCCGGGAGUUGCUCAGGGUUUGAUGUAUGCAUUGUCUGUUUGGUUUUAUAAACAUGGAUAGGCACACCAGGAUAUGGACUGAAUAAGCCUCUCUGAUUCAUUUGGGAUAUUUGCCAUGAGACAUUUUUUGAGUUCAGGUCCUUCUGCCACAAAGAGGCCAGUGUUCAGCUGAUUCACGGCAAUUACAUCUCGCACAAAAGAAGGCCGUCCCCGCUGUGCCUGUCUGCCAUGAUUAACCUUGAAGCUUUGCCAUUGCAGACCACAAAAGAAGAGACACUGGCCUGCAUGCCAUAUCAGGGUUUCCAAAAUUGUCUAUUUUUAAAACUGACUAAUAGUGGGUCGCCUAAAUGACUACUAGUUUCCAACUAGUCAUUUGAAACCCCUGGAAACUUAUGUAUACUGGUUUGGGGAUGACCUGACCCUGAUCGUAUCUAUUUCUUAUAUUUACAUAAGACACAAUAACAGCUUAAAGGAAAGAAAUGUAAAAUAAUACAGGGGUCUCGCAGUGUGUUUUUAAAUAUUUUCGGUGCUAUUGCCGAGACACUUUAACUUUUUCCCCGCCAGCGUUUUUACUUAGUAUUUUUGUCUUGUUUUCAGUAGAAAUAUCAAAAAAGAUG